AUGGAACGCUGGGACGUGCGGAGCCCAGCGGUAGUUGAAUUCGCCCUCUACGCUAAACAUACAAUUCCAAGACUGAGUUGUCAGCGAAAGGCCAUCACACACCGUUUCAAUUUGAGAUGAGAGAUCCUUGUCAAUGGGUGUAAGCCGGCUGGAUGUUCUUUACAGAAAGCUUCUCCUCACCAAGCUUUUCAUCCAAGGUUGGGGAAAGCCUGAUGAUCUGAAAAGAAUAUUUGAGUUACGGAAAAUCGUUGGCGAUAGAGAGAAGUGUAAGGAACUGGUACCUAAGGACUAUCCUGUGUUUAUUGACAAGGUAGAAGAUCAGUCUGACUGCAAAAUCCACAAUGGGUAUUUCAUAUCUCCCCUGGAACACAUUGUCCCCGGUAUCUUGCCAUCCGAGUCCGUCAAAGCCAGGUUCCAGUUUAUAGUUCCAAAGAAGUGGAGAAAGCACAAGCCAGUAUGCAUUCACUUGGCUGGGACUGGCGAUCAUUUCUUCUGGAAGCGGCGGACCCUCAUGGCCAGACCCAUGAUAAAGGAGGCAGGAAUGGCAUCACUUCUCCUGGAAAACCCUUAUUAUGGCUACCGGAAACCAAAAGAACAAGUUCGUUCUAGCCUGAGGAAUGUGUCAGACCUCUUUGUGAUGGGAGCAGCGCUCAUCCUGGAGUCUGCAGUGCUGCUACACUGGCUGGAGAGGGAGGACUACUGGCCCCUCGGCAUGACUGGUAUCUCAAUGGGAGGGCAUAUGGCAUCAUUAGCUGUAACCAAUUGGCCAAAGCCCAUACCGCUGAUUCCCUGUCUCUCCUGGACCACCGCUUCCAAUGUUUUUACCACAGGUGUUUUGAGCAAAGCUGUGAACUGGAGGGAACUGGAGAAGCAGUAUGCAAUGCACUCAGUGUACGAACAGGAAAUCAUCAGACUGUUGGAGUACUGUGGGGUUGAUUCCUUCAAGAUGGGUCAGGAGUUUCUAAAGAGCUCACUUGACACGCUUUCUGGUCUGAAUCUCUCCACGGAACUUCUGGGUCUGCAUGCCCCCGAGAGGGACCGCAUGGGGCUGCACACCACUGCCCUGCGCUCCCGGGCUGGGGAAGUAGCUGAUGGACAGGACCAAUUGAUUGGACAGCAUCACGAUCAUAGGCUGGACCAGAUGCUUUCCUCUGGGAGCAGCGGCGGACCUCGGGUGAACAGGCAGCACACCAACAUCAGCCAGGGCGGUGGUAGUGGGUGGCAACGCCAGUCCCUCCAUACUGAGUCUCUGGACUUUAUGAAGGGUGUCAUGGAUGAGUGCACACACAUCGCCAACUUCUCAGUGCCGGUGGAUCCCAGUCUGAUCAUUGUGAUACAGGCAAAGGAAGAUGCUUAUAUUCCACGCACAGGUGUGCGCAGUCUACAAGAGAUCUGGCCGGGCUGUGAGGUGCGGUAUCUCAACGGGGGCCACAUCAGCGCCUACCUCUUCAAACAGGGACUUUUUCGGCAAGCCAUCUAUGAUGCCUACGACCGAUACCUUAAAAAGUAUUCCAAUACCUAGCCAC